AUGACAGCCCCUUCAUCUCCUUUAUUGAAGACAGCGGAGCCCGCUGCUGCUGCUGCUGCUGCUGCUGCAGCAGCAGCAGCAGCAGAUAUGGCCAACAGUCCCCGAAAGAGGCAAAAGCAGGACCUUCCUUUACAAACCAACUGUGCUGUAGAUGGGCAGGUGCAAGACGAGCUGCAGCAGCAGCAGCAGCAGCAGCAGGAACAACAGCAGCAGCAGCAGCAGCAAAUGUAUCCCUACCUAACCCGCCCCGAUGCAACAACACUGUUGAAGGAAAGCGGAAUCGAUGCAUAUGCAACAGACCCACCAGCAGCAGCAGCAGCAACAGAAGCAGCAGCAGCAACAGCAGCAGCAGCAGGAACAGCAGCAGCAGCAGCACCAACAGUUAUUGGAUUUAAAGGAACAAUUAAAACUCUCUUUGAGGACUUUCAGGUGUACGAGGACCCCGGCAUUACAUUGCCGCAGCAGCAAACAGCAGCAGAAGCAGCAGCAAACAGCAGCAGCAGCAGCAGCAGCAGCACACCUGGACGCCCGUUACGGCUUACUUCUUUACUAAAUCCGCAGCAGAUAAUCCAUAGGCGGCAGCAGCAGCAGCUGCUGCUGCGGGGGGAGGGCCGCAUAACCUCUACCUAUACCCUUCCUAUUCGUCUUAAAGGUGAAGCAGCAGCAGCAGCAGCAGCAGCAGCAGAGGCAGCAGCAGCAGCAGAAGCAGAAGCAGCAGCAGCAGAUGCUGCAGCAGCAAAAUUAAGCAUAGGAGAUCGUAUUAAUGUACAAACUUUUGUUAGAGGUCUUGCGGUGUAUUGUCUGCCUACAAGACGGCAGCAAGCAGCAGCAGCAGCAGCAGCAGCAGCAGCAGCAGCAGGAGAUGAUGAGCAGAUUAAAAGAGAUCAGCAGGCUGCAGAGGAGGCAGCAGCAGCAGCAGCAACAGCAACAGCAGCAACAGCAGCAGCAAAAGAGAUAAUGGAGGGUCUUGAGCAUCGCAUAGAUGCAACAAAUCGUCUUAACCUACCUGGUCUUGCUGCAGCAGCAACAGCAGCAACAGCAGCAGCUGCUGCUGCUGGAGGCAGCAGCAGACCAUCUGCUGCCUCUCUAGCAAACCCUUUAACUGAUGCUGAAGGUGCGCCUUCGUCAGACAGCAGCAGCAGCAGCAGCAGCAGCAGCAGUACCAACAACAGCAGCAACUCUCAGGAGUCUGUUGCUGCCGCAACAGGAACACCAGCAGCAGCAACAACAGCAACAGCAGCAACAGCAGCAGCAGGAACUCAAGACUUUACGCUACCAGAGUUAUGGUUACUAGGUGACACAGUAGCAGCAAUUCAAGCAGCAGCAGCAGCUGCUGCUGCUGCUGUUGCAGCGCUUCCCCAGCCUGCUGCUGCUGCUGCUGCUGCUGGAAGCAGCAGCAGCAGCAGCAAGCUGAGGCCAGAGGUCGUUGCUGCCAUUAGCUCGCAUUUGCCUGUCACUGAGGACAGAAGCGAGUGCAGCAGCAGCAGCAGCAACACCAGCAGCAGCAGCAGCAGCAGCAGCAAGAUAUGGAGUAUACGUACAGGAGGCCUGGAUGCAUUUUAUAAGCAGCAGCGCAUGCAUUUGCAUGCAUCUGUUCGUCAGCUGCUGCCUUUUGCUGUGUCUGCUGCUGCACCUGUUGCUGUUGCUGUUGCAUGCGGUGUCUUUGCUGCUGCUGCUCCUUCUCCUACAAAUCCCCACUUCCUGCAGCACGCUGCUGCUGCUGCUGCAGAGAUGCAUCCAGAGGAUGCUGCUGCUGCUUCUGCUGCUGUUGCUGCUCUUCCUUUUGUGUCUCUUGAGGCAAACUGGCGGCAGCAGCAGCAGGAGCUGCUGCAGCUGCAGCAGCAGCAAGAGCAGCAGCAGCAGGAAUUAGAGCAGCAGGGGAAUUUCGAUGCUGCUGCUGUUGCAGCAGCUGCUGCUGCACUUGCUGCUGCUGCUGCUGCUGCUCCUCCGCAGCAGCUAAUUCGUCUUAUCCUGCAACCGCAGUGUCUUGGCUACCUCUUUAAGAGACACGGUGUCUCUAUGCAGCAGCAGCAGCAGCAGCAGCAGCAGCAGCAACACCAGCAGCAGCAGCAGCAGCAGCAGGGAGGUUCCCAUGGAGUAAGGAGGCCUUUCCGUUACAAACGUGCACUGCAGGACAGGGGCACCCAAGAGGAAGCAAAUAGCAACAGCAGCAGCAACAGCAGCAACAGCAGCAACAGCAACAGCAGCAACAGCAACAGCAACAGCAGCAACAGCAGCAGCAGCAAGGACAGCAUUCUUGCUGCUGCAGCACGAGCAGCAGAGCGUUAUCUUGGUGGUCCUUGUCGCCGUUUCCCUCAGCAGCAGCAUCAUCAUCAUCAGCCACAGCAGCAACAGCAACAGCAGCAGCAGCAGCAGCAGCAGCAGCAGCAGCAGCAGGAAGGAGGAGGUCGUUAUAGACAAUUAAGAGGAAAUUUUUUUCAGGUAAUUAUAAGAAAUAUUAUACCUAUAUUCAGCAGCAGCAGCAGCAGCAGCAGCAGCAGCAGCAGCAGCAACAGCAACAGCAGCAGUAUACGUUAUUUACGGGCUAAUGAGGUAGCAGCACUACAAGAUUAUAUACGCAUGCGCAUGCAACAACUUUCUUCCUUUGGCUUCUUAAAUUAUUAUGGCUUACAGAGGUUUGGAUCGCAUGCAGCAGCAGCAGCAGCAGCAGCAGCAGCAGGAGUAGCAGGAGGAGCAGCAGAAAGAGCAGCAGAAGGAGCAACAGAAAGAGCAGCAGCAACAACAGCAGCAAUUGGUGCUGCGCUGCUGCGCAGAGAAUAUAAAACUGCUGUUAGACUUAUCCUUAGUGUUAAAAUAAAACAAGCAGAAGAUUUGCUGCUGCUGCAGCAGCAGCAGCAGCAGCAGCAGCAGCAGCAGCAGCAGCAGCAGGAAUCAGAAUUCGACACUCUCAACGCAGAAGAAAACGGCUCCAAUGCCAGCAGCACCACCACCCCCAGCAGCAGCAGCAGCAGCAACAACAACAACAGCAGCAGCAGCAACAGGAGGAAAGAGGAUCCAUUAAUAUAUUGUACUCGUUAUGAAUGUAUAGAAGAGCAAUUGCUGCAGUAUUUAUUAGAUGGUUAUUCUUAUAAGGAAGCACUGCAGCAACUGCAGCAAAAUUGUUUGCUGCUGUAUCUGCAUGCAGCACAAGCCCUAAUAUAUAAUCAUCUUCUUACCUAUAGAUGGAUAAUGUAUGGUAAUAAGGUUGUACCUGGGGAUUUGCUGCUGCAGCAGCAGCAGCAGCAGCAGCAACAGCAGCAGCAGCAGCAGCAGCAGCAGGGGGCCAGGGAGGGGGACGGGUAUGAUAGUGCAGCAGGGGAGUAUAUACAGAUAGAGGAAGAAGGAGAAGAAAGAAAUACAUUUGCUGCUGCUAGUAUAAGAGUUGCUGCUUCUGCUGCUGAUGCUGCAGCAGCAGAUAUACAUGAUGUUGUGCUGCCCCUAUUAGGCAGCAGCAGCAACUUAUUGCUGCCUAAUUAUCUGCAGCAGCAACUGCAGCAAAUAUGCAAGGAGAAGCUAGGUCUAACUAUUGAGGACUUCCUGCAGCAGCAGCAGCAGCAGCAAACCCCUAAUCGUCACCCUGCUGCUGCUGCUGCUGCUGCAAGGCGUCAAAAACAUCAGCAGCAGCAGCGGCGGAGAGGUGGGGACAACAGCAGCAACAGCAGCAGCAGCAACAGCAGCAGCAGCAACAGCAGGAGUUGGCGACGACCAUUUAGAGGUAUAGGUGCAGCAAAGCUGCUGCAGCUGCUGCAGCAAGAAGAAGACAUGCAUGCAAAAGAGGGGCCCCCUAUUGCUCCCCUACCUGGUGGGUAUAGGAGGAUAGUUGCUGCAGCAAGUGCAUGCAAUUGGCAGCUAAUUAUAUCCAAUUCUGCUGCUGCUGCUGCUCCUGCUGCUGCUCCUGCUGCAGCAGCAGAUAAACCCUUCCCUCUGUUGCUUAGUGAUGUUGAUUUACUUAAAGAAAAACAACGUAAAGAAAGACAGCAGCAGCAGCAGCAAGAGCAGCAGCAAGAGCAGCAGCAAGAGCAGCAGCAAGAGCAGCAGCAAGAGCAGCAGCAGCAGCAGCAGCAGCAGCAGCAGGAGAGUCAUCGUAUAUCCUUAGAUGAAGAAUUAAAUAACGAAGAAGUAUGGGACUGCAGCAGACAAGGAUAUAGGCAGAGGCUUACCCUGCAGCAGCUAGAAGCAGCAGAUGCAGCAGCAGAUGCAGCAGCAGCAGCAGCAGCAGCAGAUACAGCAGCACCAGCAGGAGAUACAGCAGCAACAGCAGCAGAUGUAGAAACAGCACCACCAACAGACGACACCACCACCACCAGAAACAGCAGCAGCAGCAGCAACAGCAACAGCAGCAACAGCAACAGCAGCAACAGCAGCAGCAGCAGCAGCAACAAAGAAACAUAG